UUCUCACUCAAAACUGCUUAAAAACCAGCAAUUUAUAAGAAAGAAUAAUUUUUAAUGCAUGCAUUUAACAAAUUACAGUGCAUUUAAAGUUUUGAUUAGUCAAUAGAAAUAUGAGGUUACAAUCAUAAACUUCGCGGAUGAAUAUCUUUUUUACCCAAUGAAAAAUGUUCGGCUAUUUCCGUAAUAGUUCGGAUUAUGAUCGGGUGCGUCAUUCUUUCCCACGCCGCCAUAUUGAUCAGACGUAUUAGUCAGCUAGAAGUCUUUUUUUAUUGACAACAACUGUUGAACAACCAGAGGAAAGAUGACAGAUAUAAAAUCUGUAUUUAAAGGACGUUCAGGCCCAUAUGAUAAGGGAUUAAGAGUGCAAUGUGUUGCAGUUGGCACACCAAUAACAUACACAGGCAAAGACACACAAGUGAAACAGGUGCUUGCUGCUGCCAUCAGUGAUAGCAAGGAUGUCAUCAAGGUGUCAUGCUAUGACCCUUCGAAAUUUAGAUUUUUCCAAGUGGAUAAGGCACUGAUAUUGAAAAAUUUCAUCAAAAAAGAAGAAGAUGGGAAGUCUGUUGUAGUGACGAAAGUCUCAAAAAUUGCCUUUGGAGCACCAAUGACUGGUAUUACAGAAGAACAAAAAGCACUUGGACAAUCGCUUAUUAACCCUCCCAAAGCCCAGCUUGUUUCUGUUGCUGAAGCCUUGUCUUCCCCGAAAAAAAAGAAGUCCUCAGUUCAAGGAAAACUUAUUCAGGAAGAAGCAUCAAAGAUGGUAAAAGUUGGUGGUGAAGAAGUUAAAAUUAAGAAUGUUGUUAUAGAAGACGAGAGUGGCCACGCUAAGGUCACUCUUUGGAGGGAACUUGCGAGCGCAGAUGUAAGGACAGGGGAGUUUGUACAGAUCACAGACGUACAAACGAAUUAUUACAUGGAUCAGACUUCCCUGUCCACAACAAUGAGAUCAAAUUUGGAAAAAAUAGAUGCUCCGGAAUAUACAUUUACCAUUACAGUUGUGGGCAUCUCUGUCGAUGAUGGAUUGGCAGAACUUUUCACAGAUGGUGAGGGCACAUCCACUAGUGCCACGGAAGUUACUGUGCCUGCUGAACUUUUGCAGCAGGCACUUGCAACAAAUGAUGGAUAUGUUGACCUUGAAGCAGCAUGUGAAGAGGGGCCUUUUAGACUUUCUAUAUCUAGAAAAGGCACAGACAUUCUAAACAUUGCUAAAAUAUAAACCAGAGAAACAAUUGUACAAUUUAAGGCUCCCAUAUUUACAUGUUUAAAGUAAGGUUUGAUAUCUUUUGCCUAGCUUUACUUAAAUAAUUUAUUUAUUUUCUUUCACAAUUUCCAAACACCGAUUAUAAAUUCAGACCUCAUAAUUUUUUAAAGGUAAAGAUUUGAUCAAACCUUCUAUAUCAUUCACAUUUUGUAGUUUUCCUAGUUUUCUCUAUUUUUCAUUGUGGUUUAUUCCUAUAUUUCAUUUGGCUAGAAUUGUGUGAUAAAACUUACUGAAAACCAUCCUUCCUUAACUAAGUUGAUAGUAUAAAAUACAUUUCCUUCUGUUGAGGACUGAAAAUAAUAAAAGUAUUUAUGUUGCAAUUCCUUCUAACAUAUUGCCAGUCUCAAUUUAUAUGAAAAGGAUGAAUUAUAUUUAACAAAAGAAUUAUUUGCAAUAUUAAAAUAACCUUGCAUUUACAAAAAUUCAUGCAGAUAUGGGAGCCUUAGCGCAAUUGUACAUAAAAUAUGCAAAAAUCUAGUCCUCUUACAUGUUUCGUAGUAAUUGUUGGUUAAAUUUUUCUUAAAGAUAAAGUAUGCUCAUCCGUGCGUAAAAUAAUUUUAUCACAGAAAAUUGAAAUCUUUGUAAUAUUUUACCGAAAAUUAAAGAGUGAAUAAAUUAUGUUUUGGAAGCUGUGUACAGGUCAAGUUAAACUGGUCUUUUCUGAAAAAAAAAACACAAAAAAACCCAGUUUCUUUAAAUGAUACUAUAUAUUCAUAUUGUCACCACCUAAAGUGGGUAAAAUUUUACACACAACUUUUUUAUGAAGUAAAAAAAAAAGUUAAUUUUAUAUUAACAAAGAGACUGUGUGUACUAAUUAUUUAUAUUUUCAAAUAUCAAAAUUGGGCAUACUAUAUCUUUAAGCUUGACUGUACAAAAUUUUUUUGCUCCUCUCAUUUUUGUUACUGAAGAAAUUAGCUUAAAAUUUCAAAUUGUUGACUCUACAUUUAGCGCAUAAAGGUGCCUGUUUCAGUUUUAUUGAAUACUUUCUUGAUACUUAUACAGUUAUGUAUUUAUAUUUGUUUAUACAGUAUUUUAUAAGUCAAGCAUCUGUCACCUUUGACAGCUCUUAUUAGCAUCUGUCUCCUUUGACAGCUCUUAUUAUGCAAAAUGUUUGUGUAGCUUCCAAGUUUUAUAUCUUGUUCUGUUGCUGAAGAGCUCACAGAUUUUGAAAUAAUAUUGUCAUUUGACAGAAAUAAGUUUCACAAAAGUCAGUGUUGUACAUAGUUUUAUAGCUCGACUAUUCGAUAAGAAUAAGUAGAGCUAUUGUAGUCACCCGAGUAUCGGCGUUGGCGUAACCCAUUAUGUUAAAGUUUUUGUAAUACUUCAAAUAUUUUCAAAGUCCAUUGACAUAUGGCUUUGAAACUUUGCACAUUUGUUCACCAUCAUAAGCCAAACCUGUAGAUAGGAGUAGGUAACUGUAUCAAGCAUUUUGACAGAAUUAUGCCCCUUUUUCAACUAAGAAUUUACCUUAAAGUUUUUGUAAUACCUCAAAUAUUUUCAAAGUCCAUACACAUAUGGCUUUGAAACUUUGCACACUUGUUCAACAUCAUGACCCCAACCUGUAGACAGGGGGAGGAAACUGUAUCAAGCAUUUUGACAAAAUUAUGCCCUUUUAUUACUUAGAAUUUAUGUUCAAGUUUUUGUUAUACCUCAAAUAUUUUUAAAGUCCAUUGACAUAUGGCUUUGAAACAAGUUGAAAUUUAAUACCCUUCUUUUAGAAUAUAAUAGUACUCUCUCCAAGACCUAUAUCUGUUAUAUGGAUUUAAAGAAAAAAAAUUACCCUUUUCUUUACUUAGAAAAAUUUACAUUAUCAAAGCUUUUUUACUAUCAAUCACUAAGAAUAGUAGAGCAUUGCUGUCCUACAGACAGCUCUUGUUAUAUUUAAAGUGACAUUAUGCUCAUAUUUUCAUUGUCAAUUUCAGCCAAAUUUAUUAUAUAUUUAAAAAGCUUGAAUGAUAAUAUGGUGAUUGACCAGGAGUUGAUAUUGUAAAAUUUCUAUAAAUAAAAUAGAAAUCUGCAUAAAAUAUAAAAAUAAUGGCACACUGUUUUUAUAAGUUAAAUGUUUUAGUAGAAUUCCAAUGGAUACUUACAGAAAUCUCCAACAACACAGAGUUGCCUCUGAUCAUUUACAUGCUGUUUGUUUACAUUAUUAGAAAUUUUUCAAAACUAUGUCCUGUAUGUUUAGUUUUCUUAGAUACUAUGUGAACUGUUUACUUGCUGUAGAUUUACAUUCAAAACUGUUUAUUUACCAUAGGUUUCUAUUUGGUAGAAAUAUCUCAAAACAUUUGACAAUUGACGCAUUUAAGAAUCAUAACUCAAAUUUUAUGUUAUUGCCCUUUGUAAUAUUUAUUACUAAUUUUUUGUGACAAACUAACCCAAUUUUAAGUAAUAUUUGGAAAUGUUAACCAGAAUCUCUAUAAAAUAAUUCCAGAGUAAUUGCCGUUAGUAAGUUUUUUUCUUUUUCAUUGAUUUUUUGUUCAGUUUGAAAUGAGUAAUAUAGAUAUAAACUGAAUACAUUAAGAAAAUGUACAUACUACUAGAAAUAUCAUUUAUUUUUAUAAUUUUCAUGUCAUUAUCUUUUGCAUUUUGUUUCAUACUAGUUAUUGCGCUUCUUAUUUUUACAUGUUUCUUUUAUAUUUUUACAUGUUACUUUUGUCAAUAGCCUUUCUUAAAAUCAAUAUGAUAUAUCAAGAACUAUUUAACUGUGAUAUUCAACAAUUGUAUAAUCCGUAUUUUUCCUACCACAAUGGCUUAUAUAACUAACAUUAAGUGUCUGAAAAUUUCUUAUCCAAGUCUUGGUUUUUGCAAUACUAUUUCUGUCUAGUAACUUUACUUAGACAUUUUGUUCACUAAUCCUAAUGCAUCUAAUUUUUUCCUCACCUGUCUCAAAGUAACAUGGUGAGCUUUUCUUAUUGCUUUUAAUCCGGCACUGUUUCUUUAAACAACAUCUACUCAGAAACAACUAAGCCAAUUUCAUUCAGACUUCACAUGUAUGUUCCUUUGGUGAUCAACUUAUGAAAUUGCCUAAAGAAUUUAAUUCCAUGCAGGACUCUUAUUGCCAUAGCAACCAUAACAAAAAAACUUUGGUAUUUCUUGAAAUUUUUGGCUUAUAUUCACACAUACUCAUCAUAGAUUUUAUUGAAUUUUUCCAUAACUUUAGCAUUUAUUGACCUUUGGCUUAUGGUGUCCCUGAGAUCAAUCGCACUUUUUUUCUGUAUAUAGUUGAUGUUGACCUUGAUAUAUUGAUGUUGAUAUAUCAUUGAUAUUUUGAAAAGUAUUAUUGUAUUAUCAUGUUUUGCAGUUUACUGUAACUUUAAUAAAGUUUUAUGUAUGAGAAGGCUGUUUGAUCUUUACCAAAAGUAUUAUUUUAUUAUCAUGUUUUGCAGAUUACUGUAACUUUAAUAAAGUUUUAUGUAUGAGAAGGCUGUUUGAUCUUUACCAAAAGUAUUAUUUUAUUAUCAUGUUUUGCAGAUUACUGUAACUUUAAUAAAGUUUUAUGUAUGAGAAGGCUGUUUGAUCUUUACCAAAAGUAUUAUUGUAUUAUCAUGUUUUGCAGAUUACUGUAACUUUAAUAAAGUUUUAUGUAUGAGAAGGCUGUUUGAUCUUUACCAAAAGUAUUAUUUUAUUAUCAUGUUUUGCAGAUUACUGUAACUUUAAUAAAGUUUUAUGUAUGAGAAGGCUGUUUGAUCUUUACCAAAAGUAUUAUUUUAUUAUCAUGUUUUGCAGAUUACUGUAACUUUAAUAAAGUUUUAUGUAUGAGAAGGCUGUUUGAUCUUUACCAAAAGUAUUAUUGUAUUAUCAUGUUUUGCAGUUUACUUUAACUUUAAUUAAGAAACAAUAUAUCCCAAACAGUGAUUUUAUCGCUUAAUAACAUCAUUGUUUGGAGUUCGGAUGCGAGGAAUUAUAUCACAAGAGCGUAGCCCAAGUGAUAUAAUGAUGCGCAUCCGACCAACAAACAGUGAUGUUAUCAAGCGAUAAAAUCACUGAUUUGGAUAUAUUAUUUCUAUUCUAACGCGACAUCAACAUAUAAAUGCUGCCGUAUCUUCUUUUGAAAAAUCAAAUAAGGUAGAGAUUAGAUAUUUGGUUUGAAACAUCUUUCAGGCUCAGUUUUAAUUGUUUCAUUACAUGUCUAAUGGUUGCGUUUUAUGUCUAAAUAUAAAGAAACUCAAUAGAGAUUUUAUUGCAUAAUAACAAAACUUUUUGUCCUAUUUUAAAUAGGGUAAAAUGUGGGUAGUGUUAGUAUAUAUUUUUAAAGUACUUGCUAGAACUGUCCAAAUACUUGUCAUUUUAUAUAAAGACUUAGGAUGUCAUAUUUCUGAGCAGUAGAACAAAAAUUUUUGAACAAUUUCAACAAAUUUAUACUGUUGCAAUUAUUAUUUGAGCAAUGACUAUAGUCUGUGACCCUUUGUAUUUUUACAUAUAUAAGAAGUCAUAUUUUUGUUGCUUAUAUGUUCAACAACAGCUUGAAUAUAUAAUAUAAAUCCUCUUCAAUGAAAAAAUUGCGUAAGAAUGGUUUUCUUUUUAAAAAAAACUUUCUCCCUUCAUGCAUUAUUUAGCUUUCCAAUUAUGUCAUAUGAUGUCAUUAUGAUAUGAUAUUACACGAUUAGAACAUAAUUACCACAUAAAAGUAAAGCACUUGUAUUUACUCAUAAGACAUAAUAAAAAACAAUCUAUAUUAAUGAAUAUAAGAUGCACAGGGGUAUAAUUGAAAUGGAAGCUAGAAAUAAAAUAUGUUUAUUCAGAUUCUACAGUGAAUUGAAGCUAUUUUUAAAUAUCUUUUCAUAAGUGUUUAAGUCACUUUCAUUAAAAAAAGCUGCAUGGAAAUAAAAUUUGAAGGUCAAGAUUUUUCUAAAUGCGGGUAAAUAUUGCUACAGAGAGAUUAAAAUUAUUUUUAAUAUCCUUUGUAAAUAUUGACACUGUUCUUGCUCUACAUAUGACUGCUCCCAAGAUGUUGUAUUAUUUAAUUGACAAAAAAUUUAAAGUGCUGUAAAUAUGUUUUGUUUAUUGUUUGUUUAUAUUAAAACCUUAAAUGCAUACACUUC